UGCGCGCCGUCUCGCCCCCGCUGCCAGCUCGCCUCACUUAUGGGUCGGAAGCGCUGCGUGGGGGAGACUGUUCCAAGAUGGCGGCGGGUUGCUGCGGGGUGAAGAAGCAGAAACUGUCCAGUUCGCCCCCCUCUGGUUCGGGUGGCGGUGGUGGCGCCUCCUCCUCCUCCCACUGUAGCGGAGAGAGCCAGUGCCGAGCCGGGGAGCUGGGACUAGGAGGCGCCGGUACGCGGCUCAACGGGCUAGGAGGUCUAGCCGGAGGAGGUAGCGGCAGCGGCUGUACCCUCUCUCCCCCCCAGGGCUGCGGCGGCGGCGGCGGCGGGGGCAUCUCCCUGUCGCCCCCUCCGAGCUGCGGAGUGGGGACCCUACUUUCUACCCCGGCCGCCGCCACCUCUCCCUCGCCCUCCUUGUCGUCCGCCGCCUCGUCCUCAUCGCCCGGCUCCCGGAAGAUGGUGGUGUCAGCGGAGAUGUGCUGCUUUUGCUUCGAUGUGCUCUACUGUCACCUGUACGGAUACCAGCAGCCCCGGACCCCCCGGUUCACCAACGAGCCCUACCCACUGUUUGUAACAUGGAAGAUUGGUCGAGACAAAAGAUUGCGUGGAUGCAUAGGUACUUUUUCUGCCAUGAAUUUGCAUUCAGGACUCAGGGAGUACACACUUACCAGUGCCCUUAAAGAUAGCCGUUUUCCCCCAAUGACAAGGGAUGAGCUGCCACGGCUGUUCUGCUCAGUGUCUCUGCUCACUAACUUCGAAGACGUCUGUGAUUAUUUGGACUGGGAGGUGGGUGUACAUGGCAUUAGAAUAGAAUUCAUCAAUGAAAAAGGAUCAAAACGCACCGCCACCUAUCUACCGGAGGUUGCAAAGGAGCAAGGAUGGGACCACAUUCAGACUAUAGACUCCUUACUGAGAAAAGGAGGAUACAAAGCUCCGAUUACUAAUGAAUUCAGGAAAACCAUAAAACUGACCAGGUACCGUAGUGAAAAGAUGACCUUGAGCUAUGCUGAAUACCUUGCUCAUCGCCAGCAUCAUCAUUUCCAAAAUGGCAUUGGGCAUCCCCUUCCACCAUACAACCAUUAUUCCUGACACUGAGCCGCACAACCAGUCACUGGGCCUCUCUGCAGACCUCUUCCCAGGAGACCCUACCCCUUCUUGGUCUAGCUAUCUGUUUUACUGUACCAUUUUAUGAUGAUAGUUUCCGUUGCCAUGGUGAAGCUUUGACAUUGUCAACUAAGAUCAUCAUGGUAACGGGUAGGAAAGUGGCAUUUAUUAAGAAGAUCCUCCUGUUUUAUUAUUUUAGAUCAUUGAUUUUUUUUUUGCAGCAUAUAUUAAUUUUGGAGUUUUCUUUCCUUACAAUAUUAUGUAGAAUUUUGCUUUGCUAUUUCAGUCAGGUUUGUCUUUCUGUCCUUCUUGCCUUCCUUUCUGUCUUCUUUCUUUCUUCUCUUCCUUCCUUCUUUUGACUGUGGAUGGAAGAAAUUGUGCAGUUUUUAAGGAUUUCAUUUAGGUUUUUCCUCUGUUUUCCUUAGUAAGAUAACUUUUGAUAGCCAUGUUUGAGAGUAAUUCAUAUCAGAUUCAGGUAUUUGUAUACUUUUGAAUUUGUCUAAAAUUCAUUUUGCUACAAGAGCUUAGUAUGUGGGUCUUUACUGCUUAAGUAUAUGUUUUUCCCAUGGUUAAAAUAUAUGAACUUUCAUUCUAGUGUAGAAUAUUCGAAGGUCCAUGAUAGGACUUGUCACACAGAGUGAGAAAUCAUUUAUGCCUAUUGUGCUAGUUAUAGAAAAAACUGCCUCAUCACUUUAUAGAACCAACUUACAAACUGAAACACUGUUUUAAGAAAGUACAAGCUACCUUUGAAAUAUGCUACAGAAAUCAUUUUGAAAAGCAGCAUAUAUCAGGAAGAGAGCAGAUACAGAAUUUAGUGCCUUUGAGAAGAAUAUAAUGAAGUGGAAUUAAGAGGGGUUAGAAAAAAGGCAAUUUAGAGAAAUAUUCUUAUAAAAUUUUAUUGUUUAUAUAUGUGAAACAACAGAUUAGACAAAUUGCUUACUCUUGAGUAUUUUUUUAAGCUGAAAAAAUUUAUUUUGAGCAAAUAACCAAAAAGAGACACAUUUCUAUUAUAUAUUAAUUUAAAUUUGUUAGCUUUAGGUUUCAAUAACUCAUGAUUGGCCAGAGACAAUUUUAGCUACCAUUUAAAGAAAUGGUAAUGAUAAUCUAGUGAAACAAAAGUUCAUACAUGUCAUGAUUUCAGACAUGUUUAUCAUGGGGACAAUACUGGAGUUUUAGAAAUACUAUAAAAUCGCUUGAAUCUCUUUCUGCACUACAUACUUUUGAUAGAAACACAUUUACUAUAUUGAGAAGAUGUUAUUUUACCCCUGCAAAAAUGGAGUUGGCAUUUAGGUAUGAUAUAGUUGCUAGAGCCCAGCUCAUUUGCACGCUAGUUUUCCCAUGAUGUAUACACAGAGAACUUCCUCGAGUCAAUGGGAGGUCUGUAUGUAUACCCCCAGGAAAAAUGACAGAUGACUCUGGAGAAAGAUUAUCUUCAUAUUUUGGUAGUAAGCAUAUAUAAAUAUAUGUGUGUAUGUAAACAUUUUUUUUUCAAACAGGAAACAAAGAUUUCAAGUGAUGACUAUAAGUACAGUGCAGAACAGAGUCUAAAACCACAUGAUGUCACUGAAUAUCAAGAUGGCAUAACUUAUACAUGUAGUUGCUGUGACAAGUAACAGACUGCUAGUUCAGAAUUUGAAACCCCUUUUCUAGUUUGUGAGGUGAAUUGGCUGAAUUUCUUCUGCUGGCCCUUGCAGCAAAGCAAACUGCUUUUAUUUUUGAUGAGAGUUCUCAGAAGUUCUUUGGUAUUCCUUCAUCCACAGCAUCUGUUGUUGAAAUAACCAUUUUCAGUUGUGAUGCCUUAACUAAGAAGCCAGUUGUUAGCCUGAAAUGGAACCUCGGUAGCCAGUUCCAUUGAACCUAGAGAUUAGUUAGAGAAAGCUAGCUGUUGGCCUUUAGAAAGGGAUUUUGAGUCCUUUCAUUUCUACUUGGGAGCAUCUUGGAGCAGAUUGGUCUUUCAGUAUAAAAACAAGUGGCUACCUGAUGGAAAUUUUUUCUUGCCCUUAUAGGGAAACUGAGCACAAGCUGAAUGAUAUUGUCUGCUGCAAAAAAAAGUAAAUAAAACAAGCAAACUGAAGAGAGACAGAAUAGACCAAUAUUGAUCCAUCUUAUCCAUCAUCUCAUCAGUUCAACAGGCUCCUCAUCCUGGGUGAGCUCAUGGUUAGAAGUUUUUUUUUAAAGAAAAGAUCUAUUACAUGCAUAUGUGAGUGUGUAUACAAUACAUACAUAUGUGUGUGUUAAUGUAUUUAACGGUGCUAAUCAAUCUUGAGCAGGUCACGUGACUGGUCAUGCGGACUCUAAAAUCAUAUCAGAUUUUUUAAAAUUCUUGAUAUAUGCAGAUGUUAUACAGAUUUUCUUACCAGUGUAAUAAUGUUAUACUGAAGAAAUAACCAUCCUGCAGGCUUCAGAGGACGAGGUCAGCAAUAUUUCCCACCGUGGCUUGGGGGAAAAGGAUAGUUUUGUCUCCUUUUGUAUUCAAAUUAAUGCACAGUGCAUUUGUUGUGUCUAAGUAGCUGUUGACUAAAAGAUUUUGUAGUGUAAAAGGUGUUAUACAAACUUGUAAUGGUGUGCUUCAAACAAAUGCUAGACCCUUUCACCUUUGUCGUAUAUUGCAAAGCUGUUAAAUAUGUGGUUUGAAUUAACUUUGAACAUGUUGAAAUAUGUAGCAUGUGUUUUUAACUCAGACGAAGAUUCUAAUUGCACAGGUUGUGUUCUAGCCAGUUGUGGUUUAUUUGUUCAGAAACACAAAUGUGAAUUGCACUCUUAUCACCAGAAUAUUGUAUAAGUUCAGCGAUCUCUAAACAGCUCAGAAGUAAUACUUGAACUUCAUUUGAGUAGCACAAAGUUUACAUAGCCCCCCUUUUAAAUGUUAAUUAGUUCCAUUUAUGUUUUCUGUUUUUCAAAUGCAACUGGGUAUUUUUUUUCCUCUUGGAAAAUAGUACGUAUUUUACUUUGGUAUGUAGCAAAAGGCUUCCAUUUCUGGAAGGGUUCUCUUGUUCUUAAACAAGGUCAGCCAGGUACCAGAUUCUAAAAGAACAAUUGCCCCUCCCCCUUCUCCCAUUAAGUGGCCUUCUGACUGUAGGAGAAUGUGCUACUGCCCUGCCCGUCUCCCCUAUCAUGAGAGGCCGGUGUGAUUAAUGGAGGAAGUGCAAGGCUUGCUCUUUACCCACCACCCCACCCCCCACCGCUCUUAAAGCAGUUAUAAGAUUUUCAGUCCACUGCAUACAACCCCAAUGCCCAGCACACCGGAAGUUUGUAUACUGGCCUCUUUUCAUGUCUUCAAAUGUGCAGGAAAUUCGAAACUGUCACCUGGAAUAGGUUCCAUCUCUUCUGUGUGUUAGAUCAAACCAAAGAAGCCCCCAGCCAUGCCCAAAUGCUGCUCCAAAAGCCUGCCUUCCAGUCCUUACAAAAACCUUGCAGGAUUAAAUGUGUUAACUUUUUUAUUUUUGUACAGUUUCUAAGUGAUUUUUGCUAGUGAUGUUAAAUUGAAUUAAGUUUAUUUGAGGGGUGUGAGCACCUCCUCCAUUGAAAUAAACUGGUGACUUUCCUUUUAUUUUUUAAGAGCGGAAACCCAUUGUGUGCCUCUCGAUUUAAGGGUUUCUGAUUACAUUAUUCUUAAGACCAGCAUUGAUCCUUUAUAUACAAAGAUAUGUUUUCCUUGUUUUUUAUUACUGUUUCAGAAGAAAAUAAACCUUUUAUUUUGCUCUGGACCCAGUAACUGCGCUGGUACAUAGACGCACUGAGAAAACAAACUUUUGUAACCACCUCUGACUGUUUUUGUAUAUGAAAGUUGAUUACUUUUGAAAUAUUUGGAUCUAGUUUCUAAGUUAUUUUAGUGUUUUAUAUGUUCCCCAAAAUUACUUUGAAUCAGUCACCAGCAUAAUGAGUUCUUGGUGAUGCAGUGGUGAGACUUGUAAUGAGCAAAGCUACCUGGAGUAGCUCUCUCGUCCUCCCUUUCUUAGUACCCUGUUUUUUGAUUACAGUAAGACAUCACCAAUUAUCUGCAGCCCCUUCAAGUAUAACUAGAUCCUCCUUCCUUCCACAUUUAAUUGCUUAAUAGUUUGAAGAAACUGUUGGAAAUGGGCAUUUUAUAUGACAUGUAUGGCUUUAAAAUAUUAUAAAUGAAGAAAAAGAAAAAUGAGAAGGUUUACGUGGGUCUGUAAGGUAUGGCUGUGGAAAGAUAUUGUAGUAGUUUUGACACUAUUGUUAUUACCUUUAAAAUCAUUUACCCAAUAAAAUGUUAAAACUGAA